UUUAAAAACUCAUGGAAUGCCAAUAGCUUUCUUCUCCGGGUUAAGAAGAACUGGCCUGAGUUCACUAAGUUCAUCACGAGCUUUGACCCAGAUGUCAUUGCAAUACAGGAAGUAAGGAUGCCUGCUGCUGGUUCAAAGGGUGCACCUAAAAAUCCAGGAGAGUUGAAAGAUGACACUAGCUCAUCACGUGAAGAAAAGCAGAUACUAAUGCGUGCCUUGUCAAGUCCGACCUUUGGAGAUUAUCGUGUUUGGUGGUCUCUUUCAGAUUCAAAGUAUGCAGGGACUGCAUUGUUUGUAAAGAAGUGUUUCCAACCACAAAAAGUAUUUUUCAAUCUUGACAGAAAAGCUUCAAAGCAUGAACCAGAUGGCCGGGUCAUCUUAGCUGAAUUUGAGACCUUUAAUUUGUUGAAUACAUAUGCUCCAAACAAUGGUUGGAAGGAGGAAGAAAAUUCAUUCCCAAGGAGACGAAAAUGGGAUAAAAGGAUUUUAGAGUUUGUUCUGCAGUCUUCAGAUAAGCCUCUCAUAUGGUGUGGUGAUCUGAAUGUUAGCCAUGAAGAGAUUGAUGUGAGUCAUCCGGAUUUUUUCAGUGCAGCAAAGCUUAAUGGUUACGUUCCUCCAAAUAAAGAGGAUUGUGGACAGUCUGGAUUCACCUUGGCUGAGAGGAAGCGUUUUGGUAACAUAUUGAAAGAGGGAAAGCUAAUAGAUGCAUACCGGUUCCAUCACAAGGAGAAGGACAUGGAGCGUGGCAUCUCCUGGUCUGGAAACCCCAUAGGAAAGUAAGAACUUAAUAUCAUA